CGACGGGAGCCGCCAUUGCGGAACCGCAGCUCGGACGUCACUUGCGGAGGGAGCUUAUAAGGUGCAGCCACCAUGUCGUUCACCGCCAGGAAGAAGAUUCAGAAGGAGAACAAUCAAGAGCCCGAUGAAUUCGAGGAGUCUGUGGCGCAGGCUCUCUUCGAUCUGGAGGCCACGAACCAGGAGCUGAAGAGUGACCUCCGCGAUCUCUUCAUCAACUCUGCCAAGGAGAUCGACAUAUCGAAGAACCGGAAAGCAAUCAUUGUCCAUGUGCCCUAUCGGCUACGCAAGGCCUUCCAGAAGAUUCAUGCGCGUCUUGUGCGCGAAUUGGAGAAGAAAUUCAGUGGAAAGGAUGUAGUCAUUGUGGCGACCAGAAGGAUCAUGAGGCCGCCGAAGAGGGGUAUCUCGGUUGCGAGGCCGAGGAACAGAACCUUGACUGCAGUCCAUGAGGCGAUCUUGGAUGACCUUGUCUACCCUACGGAGAUUGUCGGCAAGCGUAUCCGAUUCCGUCUUGAUGGGUCAAAGAUCAUGAAGGUGUACUUGGACCCCGAGGAGAGAAACAGCACAGAGUACAAGUUGGAGACCUUUGGUGGAGUGUACAAGAAGCUGACUGGGAAGGAAGUCACAUUCGAGUUCCCUGUUCAUGAAGCAACGGCGUAGAUGGUGUAGAUGAACGUGUUUAUGGCUUUUUUUCGCUUGUUUUUGGUUAUCCGUAAUUUGAGUUCUCUGCACUGUCUGUAGCUACGCCUCAGGAAACA